GGGCCCGGAAACGCUCUCAGUCACAAAGGGGGGGACACGUGGGCGCCGACGGCCCGGGCGGCUGUCGCAGGGAGUUGGGUCGCCCAGAGAACCGCCCGCCGUCCCUGCCCGCCGGAUUCCUCGGCCGCAGCCGCCAGGCCAGUCCAGCUUCGGCCGGCGCCCGGCUAUGAGGUGGAUGCCCGGCUCAGUGUGACCACCUCCCUCUAGGUUUUUCCACCGCGUUCGGACCUCCCGCGUAACCAUGUCCAUUCUGUACGUCUCUCCUCACCCCGAUGCCUUCCCCAGCCUCCGAGCCCUCAUAGCUGCUCGCUACGGGGAAGCUGGGGAGGGUCCGGGAUGGGGAGGAGCCCACCCCCGCGUCAGUCUCCAGCCGCCCCCCGCCAGCCGGACUCCUUUUCCUCCACCCCGUCUGCCUGCCCUGGAACAGGGUCCCGGUGGGCUCUGGGUGUGGGGGGCCACGGCUGUGUCCCAGCUGCUGUGGCCAGCAGGUCUGGGGGGUCCCGGGGGUAGUCGGGCAGCCGUCCUGGUCCAACAGUGGGUCAGUUACGCUGACACCGAGCUAAUACCAGCUGCCUGUGGGGCUACGCUGCCGGCCUUGGGACUCCGAAGCUCGGCCCAAGACCCCCAGGCUGCACUGGCGGCCCUGGGCAGAGCCCUGAGCCCCUUGGAAGAGUGGCUUCGACUGCACACCUACCUGGCCGGGGAGGCCCCGACUCUGGCUGACCUGGCAGCUGUCACAGCCUUGCUGCUGCCUUUCCGUUAUGUCCUGGACCCCGCUGCCCGCCGGAUCUGGGGUAAUGUGACUCGCUGGUUUAUCACAUGUGUUCAGCAGCCAGAAUUCCGGGCCGUACUGGGAGAGGUGGUUCUGUAUUCAGGGGCCAGGUCUCUCUCCCAACAGCCAGGAAUAGCAGAAUCAAUGGGACAGGAGCUGGGGGAUGGCUCUGAGGUCCCUGCACCCCCAAAGACAGCUGCUCAACUCAAGAAAGAGGCAAAGAAACGGGAGAAACUAGAGAAAUUCCAGCAGAAGCAGAAGGUCCAACAGCAGCAGCCACCCCCUGGGGAGCAGAAGAAACCAAAACCAGAGAAGAGGGAGAAACGAGAUCCUGGGGUCAUUACCUACGAUCUCCCGACCCCACCUGGGGAAAAGAAAGAUGUCAGUGGCACCAUGCCUGACUCCUACAGCCCUCAGUACGUGGAGGCUGCCUGGUACCCUUGGUGGGAGCAGCAGGGCUUCUUCAGGCCUGAGUAUGGGCGUUCCAGCGUGUCAGCACCAAACCCCCGGGGCAUCUUCAUGAUGUGCAUCCCACCCCCCAACGUGACAGGCUCCCUGCACCUGGGCCAUGCGCUCACCAACUCGAUCCAGGACUCCCUGACCCGCUGGCACCGCAUGCGUGGAGAGACCACCCUGUGGAAUCCUGGCUGUGACCACGCGGGCAUUGCCACCCAGGUGGUGGUGGAGAAGAAACUCUGGCGCGAGCAAGGGCUGAGUCGGCACCAGCUGGGGCGAGAGGCUUUCCUGCAGGAGGUCUGGAAGUGGAAGGAGGAGAAAGGUGACCGGAUUUACCACCAGCUGAAGAAGCUUGGCAGCUCCUUGGACUGGAAUCGAGCCUGUUUCACCAUGGAUCCUAAACUGUCAGCAGCUGUGACAGAGGCCUUUGUACGGCUCCACGAGGAGGGAGUCAUUUACCGCAGCACACGCCUUGUCAACUGGUCCUGCACCCUCAACUCUGCCAUCUCCGACAUCGAGGUGGAUAAGAAGGAGCUGACAGGUCGUACCCUGCUCUCCGUGCCUGGCUACAAAGAGAAGGUGGAGUUUGGGGUCCUCGUCUCCUUUGCUUACAAGGUCCAAGGCUCAGACAGCGACGACGAGGUGGUAGUGGCAACCACUCGGAUCGAGACGAUGCUGGGAGAUGUGGCUGUAGCUGUGCACCCCAAAGACCCCAGAUACCAGCACCUGAAGGGCAAGAGCGUGAUCCACCCAUUUGUGUCUCGGAGCCUCCCCAUUGUCUUUGAUGACUUUGUGGACAUGGAGUUCGGCACAGGCGCGGUGAAGAUCACCCCCGCCCACGACCAGAAUGACUAUGAGGUUGGGCAGCGGCACGGGCUGGAGGCCGUCAGCAUCAUGGACGCCCGUGGGGCCCUCGUCAACGUGCCCCCACCUUUCCUGGGCCUGCCCAGGUUUGAGGCCAGGAAGGCAGUGCUGGCAGCGCUCAAGGAGCAGGGGCUGUUCCGCGGCAUUGAGGACAACCCCAUGGUGGUGCCACUUUGCAACCGCUCCAAGGACGUGGUGGAGCCUCUGCUGCGGCCGCAGUGGUACGUGCGCUGUGGGGAGAUGGCUCAGGCUGCCAGUGCUGCUGUGACACGGGGUGACCUCCGUAUCCUGCCGGAGGCCCAUCAGCGGACGUGGCAUGCCUGGAUGGACAAUAUCCGGGACUGGUGUAUCUCCCGGCAGCUGUGGUGGGGCCAUCGCAUCCCAGCCUACUUCAUCACUGUCAACGACCCUGCCGUGCCCCCAGGGGAGGACCCUGACGGGCGGUACUGGGUGAGUGGGCGCACUGAGGCCGAGGCCCGGGAGAAGGCAGCCAAGGAGUUCGGCGUGUCCCCUGACAAGAUCAGUCUCCAGCAAGAUGAAGAUGUACUGGAUACCUGGUUCUCCUCUGGCCUCUUCCCCUUCUCCAUCCUAGGCUGGCCCAACCAGUCAGAAGAUCUGAGUGUGUUCUACCCGGGGACGCUGCUGGAGACAGGCCAUGACAUCCUCUUCUUCUGGGUGGCCAGGAUGGUCAUGCUCGGCCUCAAGCUCACUGGCAAGCUGCCCUUCAAAGAGGUCUACCUCCAUGCCAUCGUGCGGGACGCCCACGGCCGGAAGAUGAGCAAGUCUCUAGGCAACGUCAUUGACCCCCUGGACGUUAUCCAUGGGGUCUCCCUGCAGGGCCUCCACGACCAGUUACUGAACAGCAACCUGGAUCCCAGCGAGGUGGAGAAAGCAAAAGAGGGGCAGAAGGCAGAUUUCCCUACGGGGAUCCCCGAGUGUGGCACCGAUGCGCUCCGGUUUGGACUGUGCGCCUACACGUCCCAGGGCCGUGACAUCAACCUGGAUGUGAACCGGAUAUUGGGGUACCGCCAUUUCUGCAACAAGCUCUGGAACGCCACCAAGUUUGCCCUCCGUGGCCUUGGGAAGGGUUUCGUGCCCUCACCCACGUCCGAGCCUGGAGGCCACGAGAGCCUGGUGGACCGCUGGAUCCGCAGCCGGCUGACCGAAGCUGUGAGGCUCAGCAACCAAGGUUUCCAGGCCUACGACUUCCCGGCUGUCACCACCGCCCAGUACAGCUUCUGGCUCUACGAGCUCUGUGAUGUCUACCUGGAGUGCCUGAAGCCUGUGCUGAAUGGGGUAGACCUAGUGGCAGCCGAAUGCGCCCGCCAGACCCUCUACACCUGCCUGGACGUGGGCCUGCGGCUACUCUCACCCUUCAUGCCCUUCGUGACCGAGGAGCUGUUCCAGCGGCUGCCCCGGCGGACACCACAAGCUCCCCCUAGCCUAUGCGUCACCGCCUACCCAGAGCCCUCGGAGUGCUCCUGGAAGGACCCUGAGGCAGAAGCUGCCUUCGAGCUGGCCCUGAGCAUCACUCGAGCCGUGCGCUCCCUGCGUGCUGACUACAACCUCACCCGGAUCAGGCCCGACUGUUUCCUGGAAGUGGCUGACGAGGCCACAGGUGCCCUGGCAUCGGCGGUGUCGGGCUACGUGCAGACGCUGGCCAGCGCGGGGAUCGUGGCCGUCCUGGCGCUGGGGGCUUCUGCACCCCAGGGCUGCGCUGUGGCUCUGGCCUCUGACCGCUGCUCCGUCCACCUGCAGCUGCAGGGGCUAGUAGACCCAGCCCGGGAGCUGGGCAAACUGCAGGCCAAGCGUGAUGAGGCGCAGCGGCAGGCCCAGCGUCUGCGGGAGCGCCGCGCCGCCUCAGGCUACACUGUCAAGGUGCCCCUCAAAGUUCAGGAGGCAGAUGAAGCCAAGCUCCAGCAGACAGAAGCAGAGCUCAGGAAGGUUGAUGAGGCCAUUGCCCUAUUUCAGAAGAUGCUGUGAAACACGAAACUCCAACCCUCAUAACCCCCAGUGGUCCACCAUGGGGAUGGCAGCAAUAAAAUAUUUUGCCACAAAAC